AUCUUCAAAAAGUAUAAACGACCGAAACAAUCCAACCGCAGCAGCAGGACCACCUUGUGUAUACCUGGGUCAUCUAUGGCGGGACGAGGUUACAAGAAGAGGUCCCGCAAAACCAAUACCAGGAUCCGAAAACCACCAACUUCCUCUGCUGGUCGUUCUCUCUUCGUCUGUGGCGGUGUCUUGGCCGAUUGGUCCCAAACUUCUUCAACGCGCAAAGGAAGGAACCCUAAUGAUCGGAAAGGCAAAACGAAGUCUGCCUCAAGAUCUGGAAAAUCUGAUCAACGAAAAGGUUCUGGCUCCAGAAGUGAAUCUCAGAAACCUAGAAGGAAUGCUUUUGGUUACGCUUGCCCUGUCGCUGAUUAUCAGGAAGAUUCAUUUCCAAAUGAAGGUAACAAGCCAGGACACAAUUUGGAUGUGUCACACCCAAUUGUUCUGGUUGAUUCCAAGGACACCCAGAUUAUUGCUUAUGUAGACCAAGCACCGAGUAAAGAACCCCAAUAUUCUGAAUUUAAUUAUGACUACAGUACGAGUUUUGCAUUGGAUGAUAGCUCUCACAGUGGAUUGGGGUUUUGUGACGAAGUAGAAGCAACUCCAAGUGGUAUUGGAUCAUCAUUGCAAAUGGAAGAGAAAGAAGGCUCUUGUUUUGAUUCAUCAUAUUCUGAGGAGGAAAUGGAUGCCGAUGUUUGUUAUACCCAUGAGGUAAGCACUCAAGCGAUUGAUGAUUUGCUGGCUCAGACUCCAUCUUCGGAGAAAAAUUCAGGGUUUUUGUAUGUUGGAGGCAUGAAAUUGUAUACCCAAGACAUUUCAGAUGGGGAAGAUAAUGAGGAUGAUGGAGUAGAGUUGAUUGAUGUGAGAAGCUUGGAAACUUCUUGUUCAGGGGAAUCCACAGGAUCAUCUGAUGGUGAUUUCUCUGACAACACAUCUGAUAGUGAUUCAGAUAUUGAUGAUGAGGUUGCAGAGGACUACUUUGAAGGAAUUGGCGGCAGUGAUGAAUUUGUACACAUGAAGCAGUUUUUAGGGCAGGCUCUCGAUGUAUCAGAUGAUGAUAAAACUUCUGGUGGUAGAUUUCAUGAGGCAUGGGAGAAAUUGGGUGAGAUUGCUCUUCAGGACACAUCAAGGGAAUAUGGUAUGAUGAAGCCACGAGCUAGAAGAAAGUACCGUGCAGAGGCUUCAAGACCUAGAACCACUGGAUAUGCUUGGUCAUCUGUUUUGGAUAAUCUUAUGCUUGAAAAGGAUCCAACAACCAUUUCUAGUAGAAAGAAGCAUGUUGCUCGACUUCCUCGGUCUUGGCCUUUUCAGGCUCAAAAGAGUAAAAAUUUCAGGAAAUUCCCAGGUGAAAAAAAGAAAUAUCGCAAAGAAAAGAGUGCUCUGAAACGGAGAGAGAGAAUUGUUCAUCAUGGUGUUGAUCUUCAGCAGAUAAAUUUGAAAUUACAACAGAUGGUUUUGGAUGGAGUAGAUUUGUUUUCAUUUCAACCCAUGCACUCUCGGGAUUGUUCCCAGGUGCAAAGAUUAGCAGCAAUUUAUCGCUUGCACAGUGGUUGUCAAGUUGCUGGAAAGAAAAGUAUAGUAACAGUGAUGCGAACUGAACACACACAUAUGCCAUCUUCUAGCUAUAAGCUUUGGCUUGAGAAGCUGAUAGGAGCUGAUGAUGAGGAUGCUGAUUUUACAGUCAACCGUGUAAAAUUAAAAGGAAAUAGAAACAGAGUUAAGAAGACUGCCAAGGGAAGUGGUUCGAGCUCACUAGAAAUAUUACAAUCUGCCCCAAGCAAGAAGAAAAGGGGUGGGAAGACGGGCUCAUAUGCUGCACAGCCUGUUUCUUUUGUCCCUGGCGGUACCAUGCAAUCAGAUACCACAGAGAUCUGGACCAUUGAUUCAAACUACAGAGACACAAACACUUGCCAAGAAAACCAAGGCAUGGGCAGUUCAUCAAAAUAUGGUGCCUUCGAGUUGCACACUACAGGUUUUGGAUCGAAGAUGAUGGCUAAGAUGGGAUUCGUAGAAGGUGGUGGGCUUGGGAAGGAUGGUCAAGGUAUUGCACAACCCAUCAAGGCAAUUCAACGACCUAAGUCGCUGGGAUUGGGUGCAGAAGCCUCUGAAACCAGUAGUAACUCGUCAAAGACUAAACCAAAGAAAUUUGGAAAGGAUAAAACUCAAAGAUUUGCAGAUUUUGAGAAUCAUACCAAGGGAUUUGGAUCGAAAAUGAUGGCCAAGAUGGGGUUUGUGGAAGGCAUGGGCCUGGGACAGGAUUCACAAGGCAUAGUCAAUCCUUUGGUUGCAGUCAAGCUUCCUAAAUCCAGAGGAUUGGGUGCCAAAGGUUAGAUAAUUAUAUCACUAGCAGAGGAAAAAAUUUUCUUCCGCACUUGUGUGUAAUUUUAACCCAAGUUCACAGCAGUUUAUGUACUUGCAUUUAUAACAUAACUAAAUACUAGUUCAGCAGAUUAUGCGACACUUGUAUUGUGAUACUCAAUUUUCCCACCCUCUGUGUGAUUGUUUGUUAGAUGUCUUAGAAGUAAACCAUGCAAAGAGAGUUAAAUUAGGCAA